CUACAGGACUGAUCGUUUCAGUUCUGAACACUUCACUCAGGAUUUGUCCAGCUUUUUUUUAUUCUCACCGCCGAGAAUAAAAGCUUGGGACUAGCCUGAUUCCGUUCUUCGAUUCGAGUCCUUAUCACGAUAUGACGGCGACAGAUAGAAUCCGCGUGAUCCAUUAGUGUUGCCGAGGAACAUGCUUCGAGUGCUCGUACAGAAGUUCGAAAUUGUAGCUGUGAACAAGCGCCAAAACGAAUACGUCGUUAUGUAUUCGGGAACGUAACUGGUUGAAUUCGUAAUCGUUUUAUUAACGCGACUCUGUAGAUAGUUGGAGGGUGCGGCGAUACGAUUAAUAAGGGUAGCGGGUUCUCUGAUAAAAUGCCACCGCAGGAGAAAUUCGAGUCUCCCAUGCACUUGAAGAACGGUCAUGAUGAUAACGCGGCGACUCCGGGGAAUUCGACGAGUGUUCAAGUACAGCCUGACAGAAAUGUCAAGAAAGAGACCACGAGGGACAUGGACUUCGACGAAUUGUUACCCUACGUAGGGGAGUUCGGUGUUUAUCAGAGAAUUCUGUUCGUUUUGAUGAUCCCCUUCGCCUCGUUCGUAGCAUGGGUGUACUUCUCGCAGAUAUUCAUCACGUUGAUACCGGACGAGUACUGGUGCUGGGCGCCGGACCUGGAGAACCUCACAGUGAGCGAAAGACGCGCGCUGGCGAUACCUGCCGGGUCGAGGUGCAGCAUGUACGAUGUAAAUUACACGGAGGUCUUGUCGAACGGAAGCCACGCGCCGGACCCGUCGUGGCCGACGAAAGCCUGCCAACACGGAUGGGAAUUUAAUUACAGCACGGUCCCUUACGCAACCGUAGCGACCGAGCUCGGGUGGGUCUGCGAGCAAGAUGCUCUGCCCACCACGGCUCAAAGCAUCUUUUUUAUCGGCGCGAUAUUCGGGGGAUUGAUCUUCGGCUGGAUCGCCGAUCAAUACGGCAGGAUACCGGCGCUAAUCGGCGCUAACAUGAUGGGGUUAGUAGCCGGAGUGGCUACCGCUUUCACUAACACCUUCUGGCAGUUCGCGCUCUGCCGUUUCUUUUUCGGUUUCGCCUUCGACAAUUGCUUCACCAUGAUGUACAUAUUAGUAUUGGAAUAUGUGGGGCCGAAGUGGCGCACGUUCGUCGCGAACAUGUCGAUAGCCAUGUUCUUCACGUUCGCGGCCUGCGUUUUACCGUGGAUCGCCUAUUUUCUGGCUGAUUGGAGAAUGACCUGCAUCGUCACCUCGGUUCCUCUUGUCGUCGCCGUGGCAACGCCGUGGCUGAUACCGGAAAGCGCACGAUGGCUGGUCAGCCAAGGUCAGGUGGACAAGGCCAUCAAGAUACUCGGCAAAUUUGAGAAAAUUAAUGGUACCAAAGUACCCGACGAUGUUUAUAGGAGAUUUCGGGAGACCUGUAUAAAAAUAUGCAAAGAGGAGGAAGCAGAUAAGACGUACUCAGUGUUGGAUCUGUUUCGAACUCCACGGCUACGGAACAUCACUAUCCUAUUUAUUGUAAUAUGGAUGGCGAUCUCUUUGGUGUUCGAUGGUCACGUACGAAACGUCAAUAAUCUAGGCUUGAACGUGUUCAUGACGUUUACGAUCGCUGCAGCCACCGAAUUGCCAGCUGACACAUUCCUCACCCUCGUCCUCGACCGAUGGGGCAGACGAUGGCUGGCUUGUGGUUCACUCGUCGUCUCCGGUAUUUUCAGCAUCUGGGCUUCCACCGUUUCCAAUAACAUUUACUCAGCCACUCUGGCGAUCCUCGGCCGAUUUUGGAUAAACAUAUCCUAUAACAUCGGGCUUCAGUACGCAGCUGAGGUGCUUCCGACCGUAGUCAGGGCUCAGGGCGUAGCUCUGAUACAUAUAAUGGGAUACGUAGCUAGUAUCCUGGCACCGUUCGUUGUGUACCUCGACGUAGUCUCGCCGAUUUUGCCUCUUCUGGUAUUGGGCAUCCUCGGCAUCGCGAGCGGUCUUCUUACGCUGUUCCUGCCGGAGACGUUGGACAAGGAUCUGCCCCAGACGCUGCAGGACGGCGAGGACUUCGGGAAGAACCAGAAAAUGUGGGACGCGCCUUGCAUCGGAAGGAAACGCGAAGACGAGGAAACACCACCAGUCGCCAUGUUUAGAUCUUUCUCUAGAUGCAGCGCGAGGAAUUCGAUGAAGGCGUUCACGCGAGGCGAAGCGAUGAGAAGCAGCAUGAUUAGCAGGUCCAGCGUUAGGUCAAGGAAAAGCGGUAACGCGGUCGUGGAGGUGGAGAGACUGUAAUGUUUGUUCCACGAGCGUGACACCAGUGGUAAUUAAAUUAACUGAAUCAAAUAAUGCUGUCGGUUAUCAGUAGCGAUGGGAUCAAGUUCGAUAUGUACUCACAAAUUCGAGUCAGUUUCAAUAAACAAGUUUCGAUUUGUACUCAAAGGCAAUAAUGUUUCUAUGAUUAUAUUUGAAAAGUAUUUAUUUUAUUGCAUAUCGAACCUCGGAAUAAGUACUUACAAGUUUCGAAAAAAUACGUAUAAGUAACUGUUGAAAGGAAUUGAAUCAGAAUUGUAUAGUCGAUCUUAAGUAUUUUAUUUAUUAAAGUCAUAACUAUUUAAGAAUAAUAUUUCAUUUACAAUAUUAGGUUUUAGUCUGUUUAUUUCUUGUCCAUGAUAUUUGUUAAUUUAGAAAAUAAUCUUUCUACGGAGACUACAGAAAGGGGUAAAGGGUGUCAUUAAUGAAACAUGCAAUUAGAUCACAGGAUAUAACUUUAUUUUAAUUAUAUUUUACAUAAUUAAUUUUAAAUGUAGAAAAUUUCUGAGAUUCAUAAAAGUUUCGAAUCUAUCGACCAAGGUUUGAGUAUACUUGCAAGUAUUACUUCCGUUUACUAAAGUGCAAGUGGAAAGUUCGACUACACUUACGAAUUCUGUUUCUAUUUUCCGAAGUACUUAUAGAGAGUUCGAAUUCAAUCAAAAUUCGAACGCGUUUGCGAGGUACUUGAUCCCAUCCCUAAUUAUCACUAGACUGCGGAUUUUAUGUAUGUGUAAAAAAUUGAACAUAUUAAAAAUAUAAACACUGCAUAUAAUAAAAAUAUU